AUGAUUUUUAAACGAAGGAGGAGAUCCAAAACAACAUUUGGCUCAUUUCAAGAAGCCUCAAUUAAACGUGUCGCAAGUGCCCGAAACUUGUUCAGUUUGAAAAAAACUACCCCAACCGUUGCUUCGUUAAAAGACUUGUCGACCCCAGAAUCAAAAGGUGAUGAAAUAACUUUAUUUAGUAAAAAUGCUUUGGUAACGCCGCAGACAGCAUCGUCAUCAUCAACAACAACUGCAACAACAACUGCAACAACUGCAACAUCGGUAUUCGCAACACCGGUAUUCGCGCCUCCUUUUUCUUCUCCUCCUUCUUCUCCACCACCACCUUCUCCUCAUUCUCCCCAACUGAAUGAUGUUCCAGACACUAAAACUUUCGAAGACGACUCGCUAUUGGAUUUUUAUUCACCAAGAAAAGCUGUUAAAAUCGAUCAAACAUUCACUCUUGAUUCAAUAUGUGCUAGUCUAGAUAGACUAGACGUGGUGGAUGAACUAGACGUACCUGCAUCUCCCAUAUCAUGCCACUCAAACACUCUAAGCGUAUCAUUUAAUGACAUCUUGAGCUCUUCCACAACAAGGCAAAAUUCACUCACAAAGGACACAGAAGCAAUGUCAAUUACAAAUGCAAAUAUACAAAUAUACCAACAUGCACACGAUAAAUCGAAAAGUAACAAUUUACGGUUGGUUAAAGAUCUCUAUUCUAGAGAAUCUCCAAAAAAACUGUCCAAAGUUUCCUAUCCCAAUAUUCAUACUUACCUUGAGGAAGAGAAUGAAAAUGCCGGUUUUGACGAACUACAUAGACUUGAAAUGUUACUACUAGACGAGAAACAUAAAUAUGAAUUGAAACAACAUAAACGUGAAAUUAAUAUACUUCACGAACAAUUGCGCACUCAAAGAAUGUUGAUUCAUCAACUAUCAGACAAGUUGCGUUCUUACGAGUCAGACUCACAAUGUCUACUUCCACCAUUUAAGGUAGUACAGAAUAAUUCGAGAUCAUCCAUCUCUACCUCUACCAGAGACUCAAUAAUGAGUGCCAGCCUUUUGAAAAACUAUUAG